UCCAUUUCCCUCCACACUCACACUCACUCUUUCGCUAGCAAAAUGCAAAUCCUCGAAACCCCUCGUUUCUUCUCUUUCCCUAAACCCUUAAACCUUUCCGCCCCAAAACCCUUAUCUCACCCCCACCAUUUACCAUACUUCCCUUCCUUGUUCAAAACCCAUUUCCCCAAAACUUCAACCACCCCUAAAUCCUUCAGCUCCGACGAAUUCCCCGUCGAUGAAACCUUCCUCGAGAACUUCGGCCCCAAAGACAAAGAAACCGAAGACGAAGCCCGUCGGCGCAACUGGAUCGAACGAGGCUGGGCCCCAUGGGAAGAAAUCUUAACCCCAGAAGCCGAUUUCGCUAGAAAAUCCCUUAACGAAGGCGAAGAAGUCCCUCUCCAAACCCCUGAAGCCAUCGAGGCUUUUAAAAUGCUAAAACCUUCUUACAGGCUUCAAAAAAUGAAAGAAAUGGGGAUUACAGAGGAUGAAUGGUAUCGAAAGCAGUUUGAGAUAAAAGGGGAGAUUCCAGACCCUCUGGAAACGUUGUGGGCAGGGCCAUUGGCGUUGAGACACGUGCCGCCACGAGAUUGGCCGCCGAGGGGAUGGGAAGUGGAUAGAGUGGAACUGGAGUUUAUGAGGGAAGCGCAUAAGUUACAGGCGGUGAGAGUUGAUUUGGAGAAGGUGGAGAAGGAGGUGAUAACUGGUGAAGCGGAUAUGGGUUUGGAGAGAUAUAAAGUUUUUUUGAAGCAAUAUAAAGAGUGGGUUGAUGCUAAUAAGGAUAGAUUGGAAGAGGAGUCUUAUAAGUAUGACCAAGAUUACCAUCCUGGUAGGAGAAAAAGAGGGAAGGACUACAAAGAGGACAUGUAUGAGCUUCCAUUUUAUUAUCCAGGACAGCUCUGUGAAGGCAAAGUGACUACUUUACACCUAUAUCAAGGGGCAUUUGUGGACAUAGGUGGUGUAUAUGAGGGGUGGGUCCCAAUCAAAGGUAAUGAUUGGUUUUGGAUCCGCCAUCACAUAAAAGUUGGUAUGCAUGUUAUUGUUGAAAUUCUGGCCAAACGAGAUCCUUACCGGUUUCGGUUUCCUAUUGAAAUGCGUUUUGUCCAUCCUAACAUAGAUCAUCUGAUAUUUAACAGAUUUGAGUUUCCACCAAUAUUUCACCGUGAUGAGGAUACUAAUCCAGAUGAAUUACGGCGUGAUUGUGGAAGACCUCCUGUUCCUAAAAAAUAUCCAGGAACAAAACCAGAAGAGGAGCCAUUGUUGUCAAAUCACCCUUAUGUUGAUAAGUUGUGGCAGAUCCAUGUUGCUGAGCAAAUGAUUUUGGAUGAUUUGGAGGCAAAUCCUGAGAAAUAUAAAGGUAAAAUGUUAUCAGAAUUAACUGAUGACGAUGAUUAUGAUGAAGAGAACAAUGUUCAAUACACCAAAGCAUAUUACAAGAAAAGCCUAAUACCAAAAAUGAUUCUGAAAACAAGUGUUAAAGAACUUGAUUUGGAAGCUGCCUUAGCUGAGCGUGAGCUCCAUAAUAAACUUAGAAGUGAAGCAAAAGAAAGAGGAGAGGGAUAUAAAAUCAGCAAGUUUAGGCGAAAUAUUGAGAUGGAUGAAUAUGAUUUUAUACAUUGGCGUCGAUCAUUUGAGGAAAGAGAAGCUUUGAUCAGAGACAUCAGCUGCCGUCAAGCUCUUGGUUUGCCAUCGGAAGAGCCAGGAAGGUAUAAAGAUGCCAGUUAUUUUGGGAAGGAUCAAUAUGAUCCUUCAAAUGCCUUGUAUCGAUAUGACUACUGGGGAGAACCCAAGAACUCUGAAAAGAGUAAACAAGAGCGGAUGACAGAUGCCCACAACAAGUCUAUUGUAGGCAAGGGCACUGUUUGGUAUGAAAUGUCUUAUGAUGAUGCCAUCAAGCAGAAAAUAGAAAGAGAAGCCCAUUCAAAAGGAACAAUGCAGAAGGAGGCUGAUGAAGAUGGGAAAAGACAGCAAGACAGCGAUGAUGAGGAUUUUGACUACAGCAUUCUGAGUGAGUCUAGUUUCGGGUUCCCAAAUCAGCCUCUUGUUAAUGGGACUGAAUCUUCUAGUAUAACAGAUGGGGGAAUGUUUGAGAACUAACGUUAGUGGAGGAUCAUACUCGUACACAAGUUGAUGUAUAGGUUGCAGGUAAGAGCUGAAUUUACGACGGGUUGAUGAGAUGAGAUGAGAUUUUGAUUGUAA